AUGGACGUCUAUCCGCAUAUGAAAAUGAUGAAAAGGCCUUUUUGCAUUUUGGUGCUUUUUCUUUUGACAUCGAAUGUUGUGUUUUGUGAAAGGUGCUCUCGCGUGACUCAAACGUUGCAAUGUGGAGAUUUGGCUUGUGAUACUGAUCGUGGCGUUUGCGUCCCUUGUAAUACAUCGGCUGAUUGUUAUCCUAAUGCCAUGGAAUGUAAGGAAGGAAAGUGUGUUGUUAAGAGCUUCGUCAGCAACUUUUCAGCCCUUUAUGUUGUGGCACUCCUUUGUUCGGUUGCCGUUUGUUCCAUUGCUGUUUUGGCUGGUGUUGGAGGUGGCGGUAUUCUUGUGCCUAUGUUCUGUUUGCUCAUGGGGUUGCCGAUGGAUUUUGCUGUGGGGUUAUCUCAAACUACUAUAUGCGGACAAAGCAUUUUGAACGUGCUCAUUGCCAUUCGGAAGCGUUUUCCUUGUGCUGGAUGCUCACGUCCUUUGAUCAAUUAUCAGUACCUGACUCUUCUUGUUCCACUCGGUGUCAUUGGUACUCUCAUUGGAGGAGUGCUGAACAGGUUGUGUCCAGAUUUGUUUCGUUUGGUUUUACUGUUUCUUCUCCUUACGGCUGUUUUGUAUCGCAGCGUGCGAAAAAUGAUUGCACAAUACCGGAAAGAUCAGUCUGAGAGGAGAGGAACGAAUACGGUUUCAUCUACAGAAGAAGUUAGCGGAACACCAACAUUGAAUUCACCUGAAGAAAUUUUUCACGUUACCCAACCCCAGUAUCCAUGGAUAGAAAUUUCAUGUGUGGUGUUUUCCUUUAUUGUUAAUUUAUCUUUUGGAGCAUGGAGGUCUCGAACGAAAUGCGGAGGUGGAGCGUAUAUUGUUGCAUACUGUUUACCAGUUGUCUUGAAUAUUGUUAUAUUUUUUUGCUACCGUCAUCGAUUGUCAAAUAUGGAAAAAUUCAGAUUGGUUUUUCACUGGAACAAUAGUACCACCAUCCUGUACCCUUUAGUUUCUGUUGUAGCAGGAGUUGCAUCGGCCAUGCUUGGUAUCGGAGGUGGUUUGGUGCUGGGCUUUAUUUUGUAUGACGUUGGCCUUAUUCCUGAAGAGGCUUCUGUCACAGGAGGUGUUGUAACACUUUUUUUAGCCUUUUCCUCUGCACUUAGUUUGUUGAUUGAAAGUCAUCUUCUUAUUGAUUACGGGGGUGUUCUGUUUGCUUGUGGAAUUGUGAGCACAAUCCUUGGUCAAUUUGUCUUAAUGAGACUUAUCAAGAAAUACAAGUUGAAAUUUUUGAUUAUCGCGGCUCUGGUCACAAUAAUUGCUGGUUCUCUUACUUUUCUCACGAGUUACGGCAUUUACAGCUCGCUGAACCUUACCCGCAGCGGUGGUUCGAUCAUUGCAUUUGGCCGCUUAUGCCGUGCGAAAGGCGGAGGAAGUAAGUAG